AUGGAAAUCAAUGCUCUAGUAAACAAGCCAUCAAUGCAGCCACCAACCAGUAACACAACCCCAUCUCCUUCCAGCACACAACCCCAACAGUCAGUAUCCGUCAGCAAGCUCAUUUCAGUAUCCACUAAGGAUGCACCCCCAACCGGCAACACUAUUAAUCAAAAUACAUUCAUUAGCAAUGCAGUGUCUAGUCAAACCAAGACAAAUAGCAAGCCUUUCUUCAUCAGUGGAACAACCAGACUUAGAGUGUCAGAGGGCAUAACAGUAUCCUCUUCCAGUACAAGAUUAGCUGGACAGUCAUUAACGAGCAGUAAGCCAUUGUCUUCUCAAAGUAUUGGAACCAUUGGUCAGGCACUGUCAACUAGAAACAUCACUAAUUUGUCAGUAUCAAACAGCAAGACCAUGCCUUCUUCUGGAACAGGGACCACUAACAGUAAGACUGUGUCUUCUACUGCUACAGGGAUCACUAACAGUAAGACCGUGCCUUCUACUGGCACAAUGAUCACUAACAGUAAGACUGGGUCUUCUACUGGUACAGGGAUCACUAACAGUAAGACCGUGCCUUCUACUGGCACAAUGAUCACUAACAGUAAGACUGGGUCUUCUACUGGUACAGGGAUCACUAACAGUAAGACCGUGCCUUCUACUGGCACAAUGAUCACUAACAGUAAGACUGGGUCUUCUACUGGUACAGGGGUCACUAACAGUAAGACUGUGUCUUCUACUGCACAGGGAUCACUAACAGUAAGACCGUGCCUUCUACUGGCACAAUGA